AUGCCGGACGGCGUGCACUUACAGGCGUACGCGGACGACACCAUUGUGCUGCUGUCUGGCACCUCGCGCCUGCAGCUGCAGGGUCUGUCGGUUCAGCGCUCGCUUCUGGUGGCGUUGACGGGCGCCUUCCACACAACUCGUACGUCGGCAUUGCAUAUCCUGGCCAACUGCCCACCACUCCCGUUGGAGCUGGAUCGCCUCAAUGCCGAAUUCUCAUUAUUCGUGUUGCGCCAGGUGACUCAUUUCGCCAACGAGUCGUUCGACCCCCGCAACUUGGAACGCCCGUUCGACCCGUGGUCGCGCCAUCCGCGGGAGCUGUGCCGAUUCCGGUUCUACCGAUUAACGCCCCAACAGGCCUCACGUCACCUGAAGCGAGUAAUGGCUAAGGUGGGCCUUCCGAGCAGCCCGUAUACCGCCGCAAGAAACGAAACGUAUGAGGAUGUCGCGAUAAUGCUGGGAAACAUUAUGAGAAACCUGGACUUGAAGAUUUUCUUCGUCGUCGACUUCGUGGCGGACUCAAAUUCAAAGGCCGAUGCCCCGUUCGGAAAGAAAGUACUGAUUCGCAAGGUUCCUCACCAAAGUGUCGUAAAGGAGCGUCGGCGUGACAACGUAGCCACGGAGAAGUGCGAGUACGUGUACUGCUUACUGAAGACGCCCCAGCUGUUGCCUCCUCACGAGCGCUUCUACAACUACGUCACCGUCGAAUUCUACGAUUUCGUCUACAAAGUUCUGAAGGAAAAUACAAAGUGGACUGAGGAGGAGCUGAAGAGGAGCCCGACGCUUGCGGAGCUGCAAGACGCCACGGCAACCAAAGAUGCAAGCGGCGUCAUCACGCAUGCGGGGUUCAACUGGGCGCUAUUUUUCAACACCUUGCUCCCGAACACUUCGUUCACAUUCACAGAAUCCACUUCAGUGUUUGUUGAGGACUAUGACAUUAUAGUAACUGUCAUGAAACUUGUUCAAAACUGCAGCCGGAAUAUCGUGCUCAAUUACAUCACCGUGGAGACGUGGUCGUUGAUCGCGCCGCUUUUGCCGGCCCACUACCUGCACAACGUACGCUACCUGCCAGACACGGAUUUCAUCUCGCUGAGCCACAUCAGUAUUCGUCCCAACUGCUUUAAGCUGGCCGAAAUGUUCUGUCCGGAGGGCAUGGCCGCUGUCAUUAAGCAGGAGCUCCUCCGAUUUCCAGAGAAGAAGGAUGCAGCAUUAUGGGAAAAGGAAAUCACCGAUAUGUACCGGAACUACUUCAGCCGUUUUUUUGGUGGCUUCAGCAAUCUCGUAAACCCAACCAAUGCCAGCAACAUGCAGCAGAAAAACGAUUAUUUCGCUGCUCAGAAAGCCAUCCUGAAGAAGCAGAAAAUCCGUAUUGCUAUAAUGGAACAGUUCGACAAAGAUGUCAAGCAGAUGAAAUGCGACGCGCCAAUAAGAAGUACCUCGGGAAUGCCUUUUGACGAUGUAGGUUUGUACUACUUCGUCGAUGCUGUCAGAGAGCGCAAGAAGAAGGAAUGGACAGCACGCUUCACGCGACCGUCCACUGACUUCGACAAACCCCUGGCAAGCAAUUUUGCUUACGCAAUGCACUUCAUGAAGAACUAUCUGUUUAUCCCACUGGUUUACGUCGCCGGAAUGCUCCGCUACCCUAACUUCAAAGAAACAUAUGUAGUUAUGUCUCUUGUGGAUGCCUUCAGAGCAAUCUUUCAACAUCUGUUCGAGAAACGCGCAAACGACACGGCUAGGAUUCACCGCGGUGUGCCGAUUAUAAGCUACGUAAUGCCGAAUGCUACAGCUAUCGAAGAGGAACUACGCAACUACUUGAACGUGACCGAGCCGAGUGUGACCAAGGACUACAGGUGGAUUUGGGCAGACAUGCUGGCCAGCAGGUGGUUCUUCCAUAUUCUUGAGGCGGAAAUCGGUGCCCUGAAAAACGAGAAAAUUGAUCAUGGUCUUCCUCCGCAAUACAAACACUGGAUGAAGUACAUCCUGUUCGCUGAGGCUGCAUGCCGCCAAUACAAAGACGAGCCUUUCUGGUGGUCCAAUAUCUUCUUUUAUGGAAUACCGCCGACUGCAGAAGUAAAUGUUGCCUUGUUGGAUCAUAAACCGUUUCGUACAAGCUUUGAUUGCGAGAGCAAAUGAUGGCGAUAUUCCUGCAUCUCCUCGCAGACCUACUACAAAACUGUGCACCAGCGGUCCUCCGCACGAUUGCGUCGA